GGAAUCUCUGAGCUGGGAUUUGCACCGUACAAAUGAUAUCCUGCGACUUUAGGACCUUCCCCAGGAUCGUGUCUGUCUCCGGGGUCACAGCAGAGUGAAAGGCCUUGAGUGAUCAACCAGAAGUUGAGCAGUUAAGACGACUCUGAUCGGUUUUAGUGCGAUCGCCCUGGAGCUGAGCUGCUGCAGAGGCAGAGAGAAGGAGGGAGAAAGGAAGAAAAGAAAAAGGAGAGAGGGAGGGAGCAGUAGUAGCAGGGUGAUCACAUGAGUGUCACAAGGGGAAGGAGGUAGAGGAAGCACCCGACCAGGAAGGACCCGCAGAGACAGCGGUUCUGAGCUAAGAUGACAAGCUUGGAGCCUAGCAGUAACAGUUCCUCUACCAACAGUGGACCGGAUCUAAGUAUCGGUUUUAUCUCCUCUUCUGUAGCUGUCUUCUUGUUUGGAUCAAACUUUGUACCAGUUAAGAAAUAUGAUACUGGUGAUGGAAUGUUUCUCCAGUGGAUUCUUUGUGCUGCUAUCUGGAUUGUUGCCCUCGUGGUCAAUCUGAUCCUGCGAUGCCCCAGAUUUUGGCCUCUUGCAAUGGUUGGGGGUUGUGUUUGGGCUACAGGGAACAUUACAGUCGUCCCGAUCGUGAAGACCAUUGGCCUAGGGCUUGGACUCUUAAUCUGGGGCUCGUUUAACUCGAUAACUGGCUGGGCCAGCUCAAGGUUUGGCUGGUUCGGAAUGGAUCCUGAGGAGGUAGCAAGACCAUUUUUAAAUUAUAUUGGAGCUGGACUUUCUGCUUUAAGUGCUCUCAUAUUCUUGUUUGUGAAAAGUGAUGUUAAGAAUGGCCCAAAUUCAGUGGACACAACACCAUUAUUGAGAGAGCCUGCGAUCAACGAGGUUGAGAGUUCCUACUCAGAUGAAACAUGGUUGGAUAGACUUUCUCCACUUCAAAACCGUCUCAUUGGCUGUAGUCUUGCUGCAGUAUCUGGAGUUCUCUAUGGAACCAGUUUUGUUCCAAUAAUUUAUAUCAAGGACCAUGGCAGAAGAAAUGAUACUCAGUAUUCAGGAGCUAGUCAGUAUGACUUGGACUAUGUUUUCGCACACUUCAGUGGCAUUUUUUUAACAAGUACAACCUACUUUCUGGUCUAUUGCGCAGCCAUGAAAAAUAAUCCCAAAGUGUACCCUGAAGCAAUAAUACCAGGUUUUAUUUCUGGAAUUCUCUGGGCAAUAGCCACUUGCUGCUGGUUCAUAGCUAAUAGCACUCUAAGUGCUGUGGUCAGCUUUCCAUUAAUCACUGCAGGUCCUGGCCUAAUAGCUGCAAUGUGGGGAGUUCUGGUGUUUAAAGAAAUAACGGGUACAAAAAACUACCUCUUAUUAACCCUGGCAUUUUGCAUCAUUCUGGCUGGAGCUCUCGCCACUGCUUUUUCUAAAUUAUAACAGACUCAUUAGCACCAGGAGAUGGCGGUCGGGUUUAACAAACCCUACUUUCCUGCUAGCCGGGAGAGGGAGAUCUUGACAAGGAAGAAAGCAGAAAUAAUUUUCACAAGACAAGAGGAAAUAACACCAAAUUUGUGUGUAAUAACCAGAGUGAUUUUUUUUUAACUUAUUUCAAACACAUGGGAAGGGAAUGAAACCUUGCUUCUAACAAGUGAAAGGAAAUGGAUGGUUCCAACAGCUAUGGAGGGCAAAGCCAGGAACUUGUUGAAUCAGUUCAAACCAUUUGCAAUCAUGUGGUUAUGAUAUUCUACAACCUCUUCGUUGAUUUCCUUAAACCGGACCACUAUACUAAAGUGCUCCAGGUUUCAUCCUCUUUGCAAAGGAUGUUUGGAAAGAGGAUCUCCUCGUUGCUUUCAUAGACUGUUCAGAACAGAAUGUUAACCUGUUGGCUGCACAGUUGCGAAUGGUUGACAAUAGACAGUGGCUUUUGCCUCCUAAGAGAGACUGCUCAAUUUAUUUCUUUAAAAUGCCCAGGGAGACUAACUGACAGUGUUGAAGGUCAAUCCCUGAGCUCAGGUGGUUGCGAGCUAAGAAACUGUCAGUGCUGGUAGUUGAAUAUCUUUUCACGAUGAGACAUUAGUGAUAAAGGACUCUUGUUUUUAACUUAUUGCUCUCUUCAGAGAAAAGUGACAGGCACUUCUUUCUUUUAACUUUUCCUUUUGAAACCUUAUGUUUCCUACACAAUACAGGAGAUGAAAUAUUAGGAAUUUAAACUUGAUUUCCUCCCCUAAUUGUGAAGAAAAAAGUGACACACUACUGCUUUACAGAGAUUAACUUGAAUGAAAUGCAUGGAUUACCUCAUUUUUUAUAUUUUGUAAAUCAUCCAUUUUCCAAAACUUGAAAUAUAAUAAAACUUAU